AUGUCGUGGGCACGAUGGGUGAGCAGCGAGAUGAGCCAGCUUAUUUUGACCAUUGUCAUAGUUGUCCUUGCUGUCUUCUGCCUCGGUUUCGUCGCGGAUCCGAUCCUGGACCUUUGGCUUGAUCCAGUCUCUACGAUUGCGGAUACCGUGUCGACUGUCAACUCGGAUACCCCUGUCUACCGCCAUCUUGACGAAGACGAUGGAUGGAUUGAGCAUUUCGUCAAGGGUUUCUUCUCUCUGGGCGUGGUGGGAUUUCUCAAAGUGUUUUGGACCAUGUCUCCCUGGCAUUGGUGGAACCUCCGGACAAGCGGUGUGCUCAACUCGGGCGGACGCCGGCCUGGGACCACGGGCCGCGGUCGUGUCGAAAACAUUAGUUGGGCAGUGGUCAUCAUCGGGGCCAUCACCGUCAUAUACUCCCUUUGGAAGGGUGUCCGGUUUGUGAGCAGACGGACUCUUAUGGCUGCAAGUGAUAACGUUCUUGAUGUGGGCAAGGACGAUGAUGAUGAGGAGGAGGAGGAGGAGAGGCCGAAUCCCGGACGCGAGCACCAGGACUGA